UCAUACCGAACGGUUGAUAAUAAAGCUCGUCAACAAGACUUAAAACAUGGUGUCAGAAGUGGUCUUCUGAAAAAAAAAAAAAAAAGAAACAAAAAGAAAGAUAAAAGGGAACAAAUUGCACCAACAGUAGUAGCAUGGCAUCUGGGAUCGAUCAUCGAUUGCCGCAGCCACUGGACUGUGCCAACUUGGCCAAAGAAUGGCCCAGAUGGAAGCAGGCAUUUGCCAUCUACCUUCGAGCAACCGGAAAAAUCAAGGAAAGCGAGGAGAAUAAGAUCGCCACUUUCCUUUAUACCAUAGGACCACGUGGAGUGGAAAUUUAUAAUACGUUGUUUCCUACUGCAUCCGAUGCCCAAAAUCUUUUUGGCGUGAGUGAGACAGACGAAGAGUUCGCUGAUGCUAGUGAUGCAGUGACUGAGGAAAGGACUAACACGCUGAUAGGCGUAAUAGCGGCCUUCGACGAAUACUCCAUCCCGAAAAGAAAUGCAACUUUGGAGGCAUUCAAGUUCCACAACGUAUCGCAGAAGGAGAGGCAAACGUUUGCUGAGUUCGAGACAGAGCUACGAACACAAGCGCAGUAUUGCGAAUUUCAGUGUCUCAAAUGUGAUGCCCCAUAUACUGAUCGCAUGCUACGGGAUCGGAUCGUUAUCGGAGUAUUGAACAAGCGGCUCCAGCACAAACUGCUCGAACGACAAGAGGGGUCGCUGGAAAGAGUUAUUGAAACCUGCAAAACGUUCGAAGCAACCUCUGAUAAUAAGCAAAUUCUGGAACAGAAGUCCAAUCUACUGGAGGUGAAAGGAGUACAACAGCCAGAGGGAGAGCGGCAAAUAGCAGCUAUUAACAAAAGGCUGUGCUUCAAGUGUGGUGGAGCAUUCAACCAAAAUCACCGUAGCAGCUGUCCAGCAACGAACGUGGCCUGUUACAGAUGUGGUAGUGUCGGCCACUUUAGCAAAUGUUGCCGUCGUAAGAAUAAUGCCGAAAACUACAACAACCAGAGACAACAGAGGGAGUCGACUAGUAAUAAAAACGCGAAAACGGAGAAAACUUCAAAAACGGUAGCUAUGAUUAACUGGAGUGACGCAGAGUGAAUACGACGGAAAACGGUGAAUACAGUGUGGAUGCAUGGCGGAAAAUGUAUAAUGUAGGUAACACCAAAAUAUGGUUUAAACUAGACACAGGAGCCGAUGUAAAUUGUAUUCCGUUGGAUGUAGUGCAGGAAAUGGGAGUGCCGAUUGUGAGAGAAACCAAUGCCGGGAUCAUUGAUUAUAGCUCAAACAAAGUAAACGUUCAUGGAAAGGUUAAUUUGAGCUGUAUUGACCAAUCAAAAGAAAAGGUUCAUAACGCUGAGUUUAUGGUAGUCGAUUCAACCUUUGAACCGAUAUUAGGAUUGAAGUCGUGUGUUGAUUUUGGUUUAAUAACUCGUCUCAAUAGAAUUGCAACAUCAAAUGAAAUACCUAAUCAUAAAGCAGAAUUUAUAACACAAUAUAGUGAUACCUUUGAAGGGUUAGGAAAAUUUCCAGGCAAGUGCUCGAUUGUGCUCAAAGAAAAUUCAAUGCCGACGCUCCUCUACAGAAAGCGUAUCCCACUGGCUUUGCAUGAUCGAAUUAAAAACGAGCUUAAGCGCAUGGAAGAGGAGGGUAUUAUUGAAUAUGUGGAGUAUCCUACGGAUUGGGUAAGCAACAUGCAAGUAGUUGAAAAGGCUAACGGAGCAUUGCGUAUCUGUCUUGAUCCUAAAGCGUUGAAUCAAUGCAUUAAACGUGAGCACUACCUUAUACCAACACAACAGGACUUAUUUAGUAGAUUAUCCGGAAAACGUGUUUUCACCGUCUUGGAUUUAAGUAGUGGAUUUUGGCAAAUGGAAUUAGAUCGAAGCAGCUCAGAUUUAACAACCUUCAUGACCCCAUUCGGACGUUUCCGCUGGAACCGUGUCCCUUUCGGACUAAACAACGCACCCGAGAUGUUCCAGCGGAAAAUGGUUCAGAUAUUCGGAGAUAUUAUGGGUGUAGAAAUAUACUUUGACGAUAUGGCUAUUGCUGGGGUUAAUGAAAGUGAACAUGACCUCAUAUUGUUGCAGGUUAUGGAGCGAGCUAGAAAGAAUAAUGUCAAAUUUAACAGGGAUAAGUUACAAUUCCGGACAAAUCGCGUUAAAUUCAUGGGUAAUAUAAUAUGUGAUGGAGAAGUGCUUCCAUUGCAAAAAGAUGUACAAGCCAUUACAGAAAUGAAAAAACCAAAAAAUUUACACGAUGUAUCAAGGUUUUUGGGAUUAUGCAAAUAUCUUGCUAAAUUCAUUCCGAAUCUAUCCAAGCGUACAGCAAACCUUCGAAAGUUAACGCAUAACAAUGUACCAUGGGAAUGGGGGGAAUUGCACGACAAGGAAAUGAAGAGUUUAUUGGAGACGAUUUCUAGUCCACCUGGACUAGCAAUUUUUGACCCAAGCAAACUGUGUACAAUUCAAACAGACAGCUCGAAAGAUGGUUUAGGCUGUGUGUUGUUUCAGGAUCAUGGUCCUGUGGCCUAUGCAUCUAGGACAUUAACUAAAAGUGAGCAAAGAUGGGCUCAAAUAGAAAAAGAAUUACUAGCAGUAGUUUUC